GUUUUGUUAAAAUGUAGGUGAGGUUCCCGAAACACAGUAUCCGCCGUGCUUUCAAUCAUAGAACAAAGCCAUUUUCGAUUAGAUUAUCUCAAGAUCCUCCCUUGAGAGAAGAUGACUGCUAUUGCGCGUCUUCAUCUGUCAGCGAAAUCGACUCCGAAUCUUCCUCCGCCGAGAGCGAUCAGCCUCACGCGCGAUCCAAGAAUCGCCGUCUCGUUUCCACGAAGCGGAUCAGUCUGCUCACUCCACACCAACUUCUCCUCUCCAAACCUCCCGAUCCCAUGCGCCGGAGGCGGCGGUGGCGGUGGUGGUGGUAACUUCGGUAAUCCACCCUCAGGUGGUGGAGGCGGCGGCGGAGGAGCAGAAGAAGAAGGAUCAUCUUCCUCCUCAUGGGGACCAAUAGGGAUGUUCAUCGAAGGAUGGAGAUCACGAGUCGCAGCAGACCCUCAAUUCCCUUUCAAGGUCCUCAUGGAAGAGCUCGUCGGAGUCACCGCCUGCGUCCUCGGCGACAUGGCGUCGCGCCCCAACUUCGGAUUAAACGAGCUCGACUUCGUCUUCUCAACCCUCGUCGUGGGUUCGAUUCUCAACUUCAUGCUCAUGUACCUCUUAGCUCCCACAUCAGCCACCGCCGGGGUCUCCCAGAGCUUACCCGGAAUCUUCAGAAACUGCCCCUCGGGACAUAUGUUCGAACAGGGCGGGUUCACGGUUAUGAACCGCUUUGGUACCCUUGUGUAUAAAGGAAUGGUCUUUGCGACUGUUGGAUUAGCUGCGGGUCUUGUCGGAACGGCUAUUUCCAAUGGGUUGAUCAUGCUGAGGAAGAAGAUGGAUCCGGGGUUCGAAACGCCGAACAAGCCGCCGCCGACGGUGCUGAACUCGCUGACCUGGGCGACGCAUAUGGGUGUGAGUGCUAACGUGAGGUACCAGACGUUGAACGGGGUUGAGUUCUUGCUCGCGAAGGCGAUGCCGCCUGUGGUGUUUAAGACGAGUGUGUUUGUGUUGAGGUGUGUGAACAAUGUUGUGGGAGGGAUGUCUUUUGUUUUGUUGGCGAGGAUGACUGGAUCGCAGUCUGUGGAGGGGAAGAGUGAGGUUGGGGUUGAGGAGGAGAAGACGGAGGUUCAUGUGAAGGUGAAGGAUGUUUGAAUCUUUGUGAGCGCUUCCUCUUUGUUUUCACUUGUUCAUAGGGACAAAAGAGAGGCUUCCUUCUUCUUCAGUGAUCUUUCCUUUUCUUACAAAAGCUUUAAGACUUUUAGAGUUCUGUUAUGUUUAUGAAUGAAUAAAUAAGACUAGUCCCUCCUUAGGUUUCAUCCUAAUAUUUGGAUUUUCAUUGUUUGUUGUUUUC